CUCGCUCUUUCUUUUCUACCAUGACAUGACCUCUGUUUCUCUUCUACUUUUUGCCUUGACCCUUUAUACUUCUCACUUCACCCUUCACACUUCACACUACUUCCUGCUCCCAACCUGCAUCGCUCUGCUCGCUUGCUUUUUUGCGUUGGUUGGUUGUAAGUGAGAAGUGACCAAUUCAACUUGAAACUUCGCCUUUUUCUUCUUUCCCGCACGUAGAGCGUGCUGUCGUCAUUUUAUCCUUUCACGACUCAAUCGCUCGUCCAAUUUCCUCCGCCCUGGUACCUUGGCCGCCCAUUCACCUGAUUUGCACCACGAGGGAUCCAGGAGUAAAAUAAAUUUAACUUCGUACUUCUCCUCCUGAACUCUCGCCUUCUCCUUUCCAAACAGAAGGUCACCUGCAUCCUGAUUCCGGAACGGGCUUGCGCGUUCUCUAUUAAAUCCCAGGUUAUUUUUCAGUCCACCUUCCUCCCACUGCGGUAUCAGGAGCGCUAUAUUCAGUUCUCCACACGGAGCUCUUGAUAGCCCUGUUCAAGGCUUUUAAUCUACCCGGGAGGUCCUCGAGAUAUUACGCGGAAGUUUUCUUGAACACAUUCCACCAAAGUCCUCCUCAUCUACUUUCUUGUCAAAACUAUAAUUCAACUCCGAUUUGCCAUAUUUCAGGUCAGACAACCCCUCAUCAGCACAUGAUUGAGGAUCGGAUGACAUCCUCUGGGCCCUGAUUCCUUUUUGUGCAAGAGCCAACUGCACAGUUACAAAGACGUCGGCUAGAGCUUGCUCCUAUCGUUUACUACAUUUCACUUUACUUCGGUCUGGCUGUGCCAAACCUUACAAUGGCGCCCACUCAUCUUGAUAUUGACCUGGCCAAGACAUACACACACGCAGAUAUGCUGCUUUCCGCAAGAAAAUCACCUCGACUGAACUUGCGCCGGACAGCUUCCUCCAAUAACAAUAUGGAAAAAGCCCCAUUAUCUUCAACCUCCUCCCGCUUCAACUUCAAUCACCUCAUCGCCUCUCCACCCCCAUCACCAAGUCUUCCUGCGUUGGUGCCCCGCCAUGGUAAACCUCUACCUGCCCGGACUCCACGAACGUAUUUGAGGGCUGCUCUAUGGCUGUCAGGAGUACUUGUGAUCUUGUACUUUGCUAGUGGGGUAGUCCACAAAGAUCGUCACUUGAAGGCGGUAGGAUGGGCUGCCAACAGUGGGGAACAAUAUGAGAUGGUUGAGGAGACAGAGUUGCCCGACUUCCCAACUCCUGUCGUGGUUACAGACAAACGUGGACGAGCAAAAUGGACUGUUUCAAUUCCUCCCGAUAGCGAAUUCCCAUUGGAGCCCAGGGUGUACGCGGAUAUAUGUAUGCAGAACAUGGAGGUUGCUACACAUGUUGCGGACUUGCAUAGUCAUAUAUACAAGGAGCAUGCCGCUCAUUAUGGGUACUACCAUGUUGACCCGAAUUUUAUGGAUGUGGCCGAGGCGGAAGAACAUGGACUGUUACCUGGACUGAAAGCAAAAACGAACAUGAAUGAUGCACCUCUGGUGGGGGAAAAUAACCAUGAUGGACUCAUCGAAUCUGAUGUAUGCAAAAAGACCUUGACAUUCGUCCUAGAGACACGAGACGCUGGAUUGGGCAACACACUACUCAUGUUGUGGACUGCAUAUGGCUUGGCGAAAAAGGAAGGAAGAGAAUUUUUUGUCGAUGACUCUAGAUGGUAAGUUUGCAAUUCGUUUUCAUGUUGCUUUACUGAAGAUUAUCAGGGCAUACGGCAAGUAUACCAAAUUCUUCAUGCAACCCCCAAUUCCACAAUGCAGGCCACCUCCACGUCAUGAGAUGCUCCCAUGUCCCCGCCACGCUCGACAUCUUCUCGUGUCUGGAGCUACAGCCUCUUACGUCUUUGGUGGCGCUUUCAAUGAUCAGUUUGAGGAUGCAAAGAAGAUGGAAGUAAAUCGAUUGCAACCAAUUUUUCAGCUCGCUCGGCAAGGUUACGAGUCACUUUUCCACCUUGGAAAUGAAGACGAGCCAUACCUCAUGAACCGCGUUGCUGACAUUCGGGCAAAGACAGUUGUUGGAACUGGUGAGAAUCUCAAUGGUAUUGUAAUCGGCGUGCAUGUCCGUCAUGGAGAUCGUAGACCUUUCGAAUUUCAAUAUAAAGAUAGCUACGUCCCAUUAGACCGCUACAGCGACAGGGCCCACGACUUGAUCCACGCCACUUUCAAUAAUUCUGAUUACGACGUGGCUCAAAAUACAGAUGCUGAAGCUCAAAGUUUGAUACUCGUGGCAUCCGACGACCCAGAUGUCUAUACCUCCGAAGAAUUUUCUUCCGCCAUGCCAGCGCAGGAAGUGAUCCGACUUGCGGCCAAGGAACACAUCAAGACUGGCGACCAACCCGCUGGCAAAACAGGAAUGAGGAACUUCAUCGACUCUCCUGUCGGCUGGGAGGGCGGCUUCUUCGCUCCUAUGUUCUGGAGUCUGGGAAAGCCAAACAGUGUCCCGGCCACCGCCGCCGAGACGCCGGACAUCAAGCUUCCCCCAACAUCUGAAGCUCUCAGGUUAAGAGAGUUGGUGGGAAGAGCUUACCUACUGGAUCUUGCAGUUUUGGGACAAUCGACCGAUGCAAUUGUAUGUACGGUCAGCUCGAUGGGAUGUCGGCUGCUAGCGGUCAUGAUGGGCUGGGAGAAGUCUAUUGAGAGGAAGGGCUUCGUGAACAUCGAUGGAGACUUCCAAUGGAGAGGGAUUCCCUGGUAGAGCAUGACUGGAUUUUGGUACAGAGUGCCAAUUCAUUCUCUACGCAUUUUCAGAGGGGUCAGACGAGAUUCUUUGCACAUAGUUUUUUCCCUUUAUUGUUGGUCAUCACAUUCAUUUAUUUAUACACACUUUUGCGAGAGCCGGAUCCAUUUUCUUUGCGAGUUUUGUCAAAUCUUGUUGGGCGCUUUACAUGCAUCAUAUGCGCGGAUAUACUUACUUCAUGGGAUGGUGUUUUGGGUUGGGAGCAUAUUUAGCGUCCGUGUUUUCUCUGUCGAGCUCCUGGGAAAGAUUAGGAAAUUGAAAUUGGUUUGAGACCAGAGAAGAAGAAAAGGCGAUCACUGGUGGGCGAUGCUUGUAUAUAUAGAUGAGGUGGGAUUGGUGUCAGAGACUGAGAAAAUUGAGGCAGUGAAGAUACUUCGAUAAGCUCAAAUCUGUAGCUUUUGGAAGGAUCAAUAUUAAAACAUGUUCGGAAAUCGAGUGUACGUGUUCUAGUAUUUGAGUGAUGGCUCUGAGAAAAGGACGAGGUUUCCAAAUUGUGAUCAGCACGGUCUAGUGGUGGAGUGGACUAGUAGUUGGAUGGAUACCAGUACCCACGAGUACCACCUACCUACGCGAGAUCUCUUCUCUCGUCCCAUAUUUUGGCAACAAGGAUUUCUUGGAAAGCAGAGAGUCUAGCGAGUCUAGGUAGGUAGGCAUAGGUAAGGUGUUUCAUUUCACAUUCCACCCCGAUGAACACCUGACUAAAUAUUCACAGGACCGAUCAUUGUGAUCAAAAAUAACUUUGAAGCCUUCCAUUGGAAUCGACUUUACCUUCUCUGCGCAUACCUACCUACCUAUACCUACCUAGCUAUGAAGCCUCGAACUUGGUGUUUGCUGAGAUACAGAUGAAUUCCAACUCCAAUUCAUAUACCUAGGUAGGUAGGUACCUGUAGGUACGGUCGACUCACGCCCAGCGCGAGCGACAAGUCGCUCUUUCUCUCUUAGCACUCUCGUCGCAUCCCUGGUGGAAUUGGAAGUCGUCUGGAUUUGGAUCGGACUCGGAAUUCAGGCCAUGGUGCCUGCAGUGCCCACCUGCAAGUGGUUUGGAUUGUGUCGACCGGGGGUCGAGCUCGCUCCUUCCUGAGUCCUUGACUGCAGGUGAGGUUGGCUUCCAGGUUGGCCUCAUCAGUAAACUCGACCACUGCCCAGGUGGGCACCUGCACUGCUUAAGUUGUCGAUCUCCCUCACGUUCCUGGUUGCUUGCACUCAUCUGGAUUCUGGCGAGACCUAAAUUCCGCUUAGGAAGGGAAGGCGCGACUUCUUCUGCC